AAUCGAUGAUAAGUUAGUGGGUGCCGGUGUUUGUAAUGCGAAUUCCAGUGAAUGAAUCAACCAGCGCAAGGCAUAUGCGUCGUUGAUAGGAGCAAAAUUUGAUAAGAACAAAGAUACCUACUACCUCAAAUCAUGGCCAACAAAGCGAACAAGGAUGGUGUGGACUUUCAGCAACAUCUUUACUUUUACCUUAUCGGCAUGUACCACCAGCAUAAAGAUCGGGAAUACUUCAUCCUGUACGAAGGGGACGAUGCAAUCUACGGUGCGUGGGAUGACGUCAUUGUUAAAGAAGAGGGUUCCACACCAGGUCUCUUCUUCUUUCAGGCAAAGCAGGUACUAAAUUCCACCAAAAUAAUGUCCCUGGAUGAUCUGUUCGACAUGAAGCAAGGUAUUGUAAAGUAUAUUAGAUCGUUCGCCUCAUACCUUGAGUCGCCACAGUUUCGAAAGGAUGGUGCCCCGAACGAAGUAAUCUACUGGACCUCGCAAGGAAUCCACGAGUCAACGAAACGCGUUCUACAACCGUGCCAAGAUACUCGAUUACCGUUGCAAUCACUGGGUCCGAUCAGUAACAUGUAUCGGAUCGAAGAUUGGAAAACGCUGGUAUUGUUCGAUAUCGCUUGGAAAUGGGCGAUAAUUUGUAACCCCAAAGCUGAAUCCAAGCAUUGUCCAGAGUACAUAUGCUAUGCUGUUGCGAAUAGGCUGGCAGGCGAAAUAUUAGAAGCCGAUAAGGAUGAAGGAGGAUAAAGUGAGAUUUCGCGAAGCGUUUCUGUUGGGGAAUCCGGAAUUCUUAGCAUCGGCAUCGAAUCAAGUGCAAGCAUUUCGUGAACAGUUUCAAUUGGCGUGUCCAUUGCAGCAGAGAAAAAAUCAACUCGACCUAAAACAAUUCAAAGAUAGUACCUUCGAAGAAAAACUAUUUGGGCUCCAGAAGAAUUGGAGUAAUACCAGAGCGGAUUCUGACCAGUUCGAGCACCGGUACGAGCAUAAUAAGAAGACAAGAAUCUUGGAUGAAGGUACACUUGCACAGUUUUUCCAAGCAUUUCGAUACUACACAAAUGUGCCGAAAGGAGAAGACAUGGUGAAGAUACUUGACAGAUUAUUCGACGACAAUUUUGAUGAAAAGCUGUUUGAAAAGUAUCUAAUUCCGAAGCAAAUUGCGAACAAAAAAGCUCAGCCUGAUCGGUACAUUGACCGGAACCAAGUAAAUUCUGUCAUUAAGUUAAUCAAACUGAAAAAACAAUAUACCGCCCAAGGAAUAUCAGGAGUGUUGUUCACUAAAGAAAGCUCGCUCCAGUUACGAAAGUGCCUUAAGGAGUUUGUGGAUCAAAAAGAAGAAGAUCAUCUGCUAAACAUCGUUGCACCGUACGCUCUGGAUUGGACAGCGUACCGUGUACAAAAGGAGUUACGCAACAUCAGCACGUGCAUUGUAAUAAUGGAAAAACAUGUGCCAUUGGUAAACGACAAGUUGAGUCUAAUUUUGGAGACUCACAUCGCAAGUGAGAUUGGCACCCUAGUAGUGACUGGUGUUAACUCACUGGAUCAACAGAACCUGACAAACUUGCGCCAGAAAGUAAAACGAAUUGUCCUCAUAUCAACCAGCGCGACAGCAGAUGAUGAUGUAUUUGAAGAUACGCUCUCGGAUGAACACGUUACAUUGGACUUUGCACAAUUUGAGCAUUUGCAAAUGAGACUCGACGGCAGAACCCUACCGUUAAAAAUUGUUGAAGAGCAAUUUCAAUCUGUUCAAAGCCGUGCCGAACUGUUUAACUUAAAGUCGCCAAUAGUCGUGAAAUCCGAUCUGUACGUGCCAGAGCAGCGGCUUAAUAUUUACCGCACACUGAUAGAUGAUCAGCAGAAAAAGAUCACGAACGAACAAUUGAAAGAUCGAAUGCAGAACCGUGUCACAGUCAUAAUAGGUCCGAACUGCCAAGGAAAAUCGAACGAUCUCUUACAAAUUGCAAAUCAUCUAAACGAGGGCGAUGCUAUCUGUCUAUUCUUUAAUGCUCAAAUAAUCGCUGCCCAUUGUGCCAAGCAUAAUGAAGUGCUUGAAGCAAGUGUGCCUCUUAACGGGUGGGAUAUUUUCAUAAAACUGCUUCAGAUUACACCAUCCAGUGAUGUUAUCAAGGAUAUAGUGGUACAGCAUUUGGCAUAGAUCCAACAGCUCUAUGUUGCAGUUGACGAGCUCGAUGAAUUAGCUGAAUCGUGGCGAGGUCAUAUUAUUUCCGUUAUCCAAAAACUGAUUGACUUAAGACCAUUAACGGUAAUAAUCGCUGUAAGUAUGCAAUUGAAACGAACACUUGAGGCAUCGUUUAAUCGAAUUGAUUUUUAUACAUCAUCUAUCGCGGAUGUCCUUGGGGAACUUUCGCUGUACAAUCGUUUUUCCCAACUUCCCACAAUUGGACAGGAUCUGGGGUCCUUGAUAUGUGACCUUGAUGACUCUGGUUUGCUCUCUUUUCUGUCUCGUAUCGCCGAUAACUGCGGCGUAGGCACCCUUUAUGAUGAACUAAUCGCUACACGGUUUGAUUCAGCAAUGCGUUGUUUCGGUAGCGUGCAUUCGAAACCCGUAAGUGUUAGUGCCAUAUAUAAUGCAAUCCAGCUGCCGAAGAAAUAUUUUUAUGAACAGCAUUCUUCGUUGGCGUAUGAUAUAGAAUGUGGAGAGGAAGUGAAUGAGAAAGAAUAUGAAAAUCUUGUGGUGUAUGGCUUUGUACGUCGUAAUUCAAUCAGAGGCGAUAGUUCGAAAAGGAACCUUGAAUUCAUUCAUGAAAGCAUUCGCUAUUAUUUUUUUGCCCGGUACUUUUUAAUGCAUGAUGUGGAGUCAACAUAUUUCAACCAAUACAUGAAACAAUACUUCCUCGUGUCAAAGGCCAAAAGAGGGGCAGAAUUUGUGGAUAUCUUUCUGAAUAGUUGUGAGUCAUUGUGCAAACAGUUUCGUUCGAAAAUACGACGGUUCCUGGAACAAAACCCACAGCAGCUUGCAACAUACAUUCAAUACACUCUGAAUAACGAAGCUUUCAAAACCUUGGACGUACUUUUAGAUGAGGCGUCAAUGAAGGCGAUCAAGCGUUUAGAGUUUCGUUUCAGAGAAAUCGAAGCUUCAAAAAAGAAUAAUGUCUCCAAUGAUGUAAAUCUGGUAUAUGUGGAAAGCAACCAGUUGUGGCGUUUGUUGAAGGUCUUGGUGAAGGAAUACCCAACGGACGGAGAUAAAAGGUCCUCCAAAUUGACCUUAGGGCUGCACCCGCAACAAGAGGUGUGGGGUAAUAUAACUGAAGGGGAAUUGGAGACGCUGUUGCAAGAUAUGACGGGAGAGAGCGAAGACAGUGAAGCUGCUCAACUGUUAGACGAUGUAUGUAAUGAGGCGUUGUGUGUAUGGAAUAUUGGAAGCGAGGAUUGGAAAGCGUGUGUCGAACAGAGGUACGGAGUUACGCUGGCGGUAGCGGAAGUGGGGGUAGUGAAGGUAAUGUUAAUGAUAAUGGCGGGCGGUUUUGCGUUGUGUAUGUUAAUAAUAGCCGAAGCAUUGGCGGAUAGGAAGUGGAACAGCUGGGCAGCGGCGGGCCUUUACCUGCUAGUCAAGGUGACAGGAGUGCUCGUAGUGACGGCAUACCUAGUGCACGAGAUGAAGUUUAAUCGAAAGGCACUGAGAGCUAUAAAAAUACGCCAUGUUGAAACAGUAGCCAGAGAUUCGGAAAAGACGCCUGGGUUGUGAGAGAAAGCCUGCAAUUGCACUAUGCAAGAUCUUUUUGACAUAAGCAUAAUCUUUUUGACAUUAAACUCUGAGUUUGCGCUUCGUGUAUCCUGGCUUAAGUGUGUUUUUUCAAUUUACUUUCGAAAUUUUAAUUUACUUGUUAAUUUUUACUUGCAAAACCCUGUAUACACCUUGCGUAUUGCGUGCGAUCCUACUACAACACAACAGCUCCCGCACAAGUCCCACUAAACCAAGUGGCGUUCGGAAUGCGAACGCGCGCGUCUCCUCAUGCAUCUGCCAUUUCACUCGGCCCGUCCGCUCUGUCUCGCUCUCUCCCACGGUUUUCAUCUUUUCUCUUUAUGUCGCGACUGAUGGACGGCGAGUCCACAAAGCUAGAAACUUCUUUCUUUCCCGAUAACGAUAACGAAAACACUCAGCAGGAUAAGAAGCUUACCGUUUAUCACCCAGUUCGUCUGUAGUGCCCGGGUUUCACCUGCUCCCGGUAUUGUGCGGUUUCCUGCAGUAGUUCCGCCGCGUUGUAGACUAGAAAAGGAAAUAAACAAACGCCGCUGUUCUACCAUCAAAACCACGAGAUCCUUGGACCACACGCCUUCUUGUCCGAACAAAGCCUCCUGCGAUAUGGCCGUGACUUCGAAGCGACGACGGUUGGUAGUGGUGUUGCUGUGGUGUGGCGUAUUUGGCCUGCAUUUCCUUCAAACUGGCGCUGGUAAUCCCACGGACAGUGCCAGUGUGAGCGCCCGGAACGCCAACAACAGUACCGCCGCCAGCAGUAGUAGCGCAGCGGCGAACCUCAACAAUAGCAGCAGCAGGAACACCAGUAGCAUUGCCUGCGAAGAAGAUGUGCUCUUUCAGUGUCCACCGAACGCAUCCUGCGAUAAGGGCCGGUGCGUUUGCAUGUUCCGCUACAAACUGAAUCCUGCCUUCCACAACGGGGGCCAAACUGCCGCACCGGCAGCAGCAGCAACACCAACCUCUACCAAUGGUGCCUCUUCCUCUUCGUUGCCAUACUGUUUGCUGGAUGAGAGCAGCAACGACAGUGCCAGUGCUAGCGGUGGUGCUGGCUCGCCUGGCAAGGACCAUCGACCAGCGGGUUCGAGCGCGGGGAAUGCUGAUCAGCUUCCACUGCGAGAACCGGCCGGCGCCCAUCACAUUCUCAGUGGCGUACUGAUCCCGCUGGCCUUCGUUGUGAUCAUGAUUGGCAGUGCGCUGCUGGCGAAACGUACGCAGCUUUGGUCCCGGUUGCGGCAACGGUUCCAGGCCCGCCGCGGUCGCCACCAUCGCCGGCCGGCUUACGAAGACGUGGUCUUAGGUAAUGAUUCCGAUGAUCCACCCUUGAUCUAAAUCCCUUCGAUGAAGCUCCACAGAGUUCCGCUUUUAUUUUGUUAUAUUUCUGUUUCAUUCCUUUCUUAAACUUUUCUUUCUCUUUUCCGAUCAGAGUAGUUGACUGUUGAGCCCUCCACCCUAAUCCUGGUUUAGUUGACUCCUUCUCUCAUUCGAUCAUUAACGGUCACCUGUUAAGAUCCUUGCGUGGUAGGAGAAACGAUCGCAUUUCAGUUCUACCUUGCCCCGAGUAGAAUCCCGGUUCCGACACCUUCCCGCCCGUUCAAAUGUACUUCAUCGCAUCCUCCCCCAUCACUAUCAUUGUGCGUAACGAUACUCUCUUCUUUCUCUCUCUCUCUCUCUCUUCUCUCUCUCACACACAUACUCUAUUUCUCUUUAUCCACCUCAAAUCUGUGUGUCCUGUGUGUUACUAACAUCCUCCCAAACCGCCCCCUUCAAACAAACAACUCCGACAACAACGAAAGUGCAGUAGGCUUUGAGCCACAGUCGGGCCGACUUUGAGAAAGCCAAAGAGAUAACCUUAACUACGUGUAAAGAACUACUGUAUGAGAUUCGCAGGCGCGUCUGGGCGAUCUAGCAGGCGUCCGAGUACCGUGACCACUGACCGUCACCAAGCCCCGAUGCCUGUAAGAGAAGGCACAAACAGAUUUAAUUAACAUCAUUUCUCCAGGAUUUGCUGCAGGAUCUCAGCGGAUGUAAAAAAAAGCAAACAAGAAUUUAGUCGCGUAGCAGUGCGCCAUAUGGCACCAAAUAUCACGUAUUACGGGGGGCAAAGACUUUGAGAUCUACUUUCGAUCGAUUUGAUAUUGAUUUCAGUCAAAGUAACCGCACAGUAUAGGAAGAUAAAGUAUGAAGAGAACAGUGUGUAGAACACAGCAGGGAGACGGAUCAAGGGCAAUCGUGAAUUGUAAUGAAAGAAUCAUAGUGGAUCAUACGGUGUGAACUGAGGUAGCUAGAGCGAUAGCGAUGGAGAGCACUUUACGAUGAUCCUCGAUCAUCUUGUCGAGCCGCCAGAGACUUUACGAUAUCUUCCUUCGUCGAAGCAUAAGCAAAGGUAAAAUACAAUAAUUUAUUAGAUAUACGACGGGCAAGACCGAGUAGGCCGAGAGCACGGCUGAGCAAAGUGCUGAGCGUGAUGAUGGAGUAGGAGGAAAGAGAAUCGUAGUAGCUAGAAUGUAAGAAUCCUUACCACUACACGAAGCAACAGAGCAGAGCAACACACAUAAAUAGAAGAGGUUCCUUUAUAUAAUGCGAUAGAAAGAGCGAACAGGAUUAGCGAAGCGAACGCGGUCGAAUAAUGUUAAAUAUCACAGGAGACGGGGAGAAGAACAGUCACAUCAUCAACCAUAAUAAUACGCGUCCGUUACUAGGCAUCUUAAGAAGCGCGCAUAUCAUCUUAUAGAGGCGGACAACCGAAUUUGGAAACGGGAGAGCACAUAAAACACAGCGUGACGUGCGAGCGAACGGCCAUGUAAAUCAUUCAUCCAACUACCACCAAACCCCCCAUUCAUCAUCAUCAUCAUCAGAUACAUCGGAAGGAAGGGCUUUCCUCCCCAUACCUCUCCCGCCCAUUUUGCUCGGUUCGAAUCAGCUCCUGGGUUCCGUUAUAUUCCAUCUCUCGAGUGUGUCAUACUUUUCGUCAUACCAAAAAUAUGUAUUCUGUGAUAAAUUUCAAUAAAUGUCUAUAUUUUUAAGAACGGAAA